GUCAACGAUUCUUAUACCAAACUUAUAUGCUGUCCACCAUGAUCCAAAUACGUGGCCUAAUCCUGAGAAGUUUGACCCAUCUCGCUUCAUUGAUGAAGAGGGAAAGCUGCAGAAUCAUGACAAGAUUAUUCCCUUUUCCAUGGGGAAGCGUGUGUGCCCAGGAGAAGCAGUGGCCAAAAUGUCAUUAUUCUUGGUAUUAACAUCAUUGCUCCAGAGAUACCACUUCUCAGUGCCCCCUGGUGAGAGCCCACCAAGUCUAAAAGUGAAACUUGGUUUAACAUUGGAACUGGAGACACCCUACAAAGUUUGCAUUACAAAAAGAUAAAGACUUGUCGGGUAAAUGGUGCUAAAUCCUGCUGUUAAAAUUCAGACAGUUGAAAGAAAUUAGUUAUAACUUUUCCACAGAGUUCAUGACUAAGUCUGACACAUGAUUGCCACAAUUUAACAAAUUUAACAAUUUUACAUUUUUCAAAGUUCAUCGCCAUUGCCAUUGAAAGUAGGCCAGCUUUGAGUUCAGAACCCUGGUUUUCAGUUAUAGUUCUGUUACUCUGCAUGUUACAAUAGGUCAAGAAAACCUACUUAAAUGAUGUAUACUCUAACAUCUAUGAAUAGACUAGAUGCCAGUAGAAAUAAUCUUGAUAUACAUAUAUAUACCACCUAAACUAAUGAAUAUUGAAGUUUAAGGGGACAUUGUAAUACCCUGCCAUGUUAUCCAUGUUAUCUGGCCCGAAUAAACCACCUGGUGUUGAAACUGGUAACUAUCAACUCACAUCAUGUGCACUGAGCCAUU